UUAUAUUUGCUUCCAUAUCAGUGAAGAGGUUAUCGACAUCACGUUGUGUUGAUUUGCGAUCACAUUCUCUUUUGUUAUUUCGCGCGGCAAAUUUGUCUUUUAUCGGAAAGAACCGUCAUAAACGAGAUUUGUCGGUGUUUGUAGCCGUCGUAGACAAGUAAGAUGUCUGUAUCAUUUGUUCAACCGAGCCAGAGAGGCCGAUCACAGAUGCCAAACUCAGCGGCGAUACAGAAGAUGCUGGAUGAGAAUAAUCAGCUUAUACAGACGAUACUUGAUUGUCAAAACAAGGGGAAAGCCGGCGAGUGUGCGCAAUACCAACAAAUAUUGCAUCGUAAUUUGGUUUAUUUGGCAACUAUUGCUGAUUCUAACUCGAAUGUCCAACAAUUACUGCCGCCACCAAGUCAGUUUCAACAACAGCCUCAAACACAACCGCUACAACACCAUCCACCAGGCCCAAUGCCGGGUCAAGGGUCAGUGGCCCUGACUCAAGGUCCAAUGGGAUAUCAGCCACCACCACAAGGGGACUGUGGGAUGCAACCUCAGCAACACCCUCAACCUCAGCAACACCCUCAACCUCAGCAACACCCUCAACCUCAGCAACACCCUCAACCACAGCACCCACAGCAGCAGCAGCAUCCGCAUCACCAACAACCACAGCAUCAUGUGCAGCAGCAAACUCAGUUUCAACAACAGUUCCAGCAGCAUAUACAACAGCAGCAACAACUCCAGCAACAGCAACAACUCCAGCAACAGCGACAAUCUCCACAACAACAGCAGCGACAAUCUCCUCAACAACAACAAGCAGACUCUAAAUCAUCAGAACCCCUGUCACAGCAACAUGAUGAAAACCAGCAGGCUCAACAAGCACCACAGGUUGAAAAAGUUUUAGAUCAAGAACAACCAAGAACUCCACAGACACCACAGACUCCUCAACAUCAACCAACACCCCCUCCCCCUGCACAACAGCCACCGCAGCAAAUGCAACAGCAGUCAUUAAACAUGCAGCAAUCUUCACAUAUGCAGCAACAACAAAUCCCAACACAGCAACAACUUGGACUUCAACAACAGCCGCAAUACCAACAACAACAACCACCACAGCAGCAGCCAGGACAGCAUUUUCCUCCCCAACAAACGCAGCAUUAUCCAUCUGGAACAAAUUCUACUGCAGUCAGUCAGAUACCUGGUUCUGCCCUCUCACCUCAUCCAUCAAUGUCCCCUGCAAGUAAUCAGAUGCAGUCAAGUAAUAAUCUCCCAUCAUAUGCUGCAGGUAGUCCAGCUCCACCACAGUCAUACCAACGCUCACCAAUGCCACAACAAGGCUCGAUGAUGGCGCAGCAACAAGGCGUGUCUAGUACACAACAAUCACAGCAACAAUAUGUACAGCAAAGGUAUCCUUCUCAACAAGGUGCGCAGAUUAUGGGUGGUCAACAGAUGCCGUCCUAUAGACGAUCACCUCAGCAAGGUCAGCAGUAUGUUGGCCAACAACAAGGAUAUAACCAACAGCAAGCAAUGCAGUACCCUAAUCAGCCACAAGGGUAUCCUCCACAGCCCUCUCCACAGCAGGCUCCACCACCU